AUGAAAUAAAUAUAAGACAAGACUUAUAAAGAGUUUGCUGAUAUUAAACAUCACAUUGGUACAUUAUAGAGUCAACAACUUUCUGAUGAAGAACUCUCUCUUCUUUAUGAAAGAUUGAAAUAUCAAUUUACAAAUCUUAAUUAGUAAGUUGCAGUUACUUAAACUCUUAAACCAAGUGGUGAGCCAUAACCUAUUCAUAAAAGAUAAAAAAUAAAACGAGAUAAACCAUUAAUCUAAUAAUAAGGUAAAUCAAUAGCACUUCCAAAGAUUUUGAAACAACCAUCUAUAGAAUAAAGACCAAAAAAGUCUAAAGGGAAAUUAAAAUCAGCUCAUAUUUAUUAGGCUAAUGUUUUAAAUAGAGAAUUAAGAUUAAACCCAUUUUCAGAUUUACCAACAAUAUUAGAUGAAGAUCUUAAUAAAGGAGUCAGCAAUUUAAUUUAAUCUGGUUUGAUACCAAGGGAUGUUGAUGUAGGUCCAGCUUUUAAAAGAGGAGAUGAAUUACUUUCUAUAUCAUAAGUUUAAGUUUAGAAUCCUACAGAGAAAAGCAAGUAUUAUAAUACAGGAUAUUCAGAAAAUCUAUCAAAAUAUAAAGUUGCUCCAAAAAAACAAACAGCUAAAUAGAUUGCUGAUUAUUCAUCAUCUUUUGUUGAGAGACAAUCUGUUCCAAAAGAAAAAUAAUAGUAAACAAAAAUUGCUAGAAAAGCUAAAUAUAUAAUAGAAAUAAAAAAUGGACAUUAUGUACCAGAUUUUCAUUAUCAAAUCAGAAAUCUUAUGAUUUGGGGAGGAAUUAUGCAUAUUAUAAAGAAAUUAGAAAAGAUAGCAUCAGGAUAGUUGGAUGGUGAUAGGAUAGCAUAAUUGGCUUAAUCUUAAUUCAAAGUUCAUUUGAUUGAAUUAUAUGAAUGUUAUAUAUCCAAACCAAUAAUGGAUAGAUUAUACAUUUUAAAUAAGAAAUAGUUUUCAGUUGAUAGUGCUAUAGUGAAAAUUUAAGCAACUGUGAGAAUGUUUGUUGCAUCAAGAAAGUACAGACAUCAAAAAAGAAUUGUAUAGAAAGUUAUUAGAAUUUAAAAAGAAUUUAGACUAAAAUAAACAUAUGUUUAUACUAUAAAUUAAAUAAAAAAGAAUAUGGGAUAAUUAAUUAGUACAUUAGAAAAUAGAUAAAAGUAAUUUUUAUUAGAAGAUUUAAAUUAAAAAAGAAUAGAAAUUCAUAUUCCUUCAUAUUCCAUUAAAUAAUUUUAAAGAUUAUCAAUGAGUCAUUUCAAAAGUAGAGAAGGUUUACAAUUGACAAGAUUAUUUGCUUUAAAAGAUCCUAAUGUAAGUAUAAUUUUUGUAUGUGCACCUUUAUAAGAAGAAAUUAUGGCUUAUUUCUAUAAAUUAUUAGAAGUUGCUGGUAUAAAUUCUGAAGGUAGAUUAUUCUUUAUUCAUCCUGAGAAUAUAAAUAGAUUUCCAUAACAUUAUUCAUUGGCAUUAUUAUUAUAUCUAUCUCCUAAAGCUAUUCAUUAAAUUUCUGAAUUAAUCAAAGGAUAAUUAUCAUAUAUUAUACCAAUGAGAGUAGGUAGAGAAGAGUUUUUGAUAGCUGAAUAUCUAAAAACAAAUAUAUAUUCUGGUCCUUAUGAAUUAAUAGAGAAAUACUCUAAAAAAUCUGAAGCUAUUGAAUUAUUUAGAUAAUUAUCAUUACCUGUGGCUCCAGAAUAUCAUAAAUUUGUUAGUAAAGAUGAUUUUGUAGAUAAAUUGACUGUAUUGAUUAUGAAAAAUCUGACAGUAUAAAAAUGGAUGUUUAAAAUAGACAUUGAAUUUAAUGGAAGAGGAACAGCAUGGUUUAGUUUAGAAGGAGUAAAAUAAUUUAUAGAAAUCAAGAAGUUUCCACAUAGUAUUGAAUUUAAAGUAUUAAGAGAAUUAGUUUAAACUGUAAACAAUAAUUGUAAAUAUUAUAUAGUUAUUACCUAUAAAAACUGUAUUGGCAUUUCCUUAGAUGUUUACUUUUGAGGAAUACUUAGACAAUUUUAUUAAAAAUGGUGGAAUAGUUGAGGCUUAUCCAAAUGCAUAGAAAGUUUAAACAAUAAAUAUCUAAGUAAAUCUUGAGAAUUAAGGAACUUAUUAGAUAUUGAAUACAUCUACAAGCAUAGUAAUAAAAGAGUAACUAUAAUACAUGAAUAUUCAUUAGAAUGUCUAAAGUUGGUUGUAUAUAUCCUUAGAAUGUUCUCAAUUUAAAUGUCGAUUCUCUCAUAUAACCAUUAGCAGAAGAAUUAUAUAAAUAGAAUGUCUUUGGUUAUUUUACACUUUCCUUAUUAUCAUUUAAUGGAGCCUUUUAUACUAAAUCUUUGAAGUUUGGAUUAGAUGAAUAUAUUGGGGCAACAAUAUUGGCAACAGCAAUGGAAACUGAUCAGUUUACAUAUAUUCCAUUUGUUUAUCAUCCAGGAAUAGCAGAAUAGAAAUUUAAUGAUUUAUUUAUAAAAUGUAGAAAGGAAGGAAUAUCUUUUGAUAUUGAAAAGAAAGUUGGAACAUUAAUAUGGUUAUCAGACUAAAUUGAAAAAGGAGUAUUAUCAUUGUUAUGUUUGGGUGCACCUAAAAAGGCUGUGAAGUUAACUACAGAUGCAUUAAAUUUUUUGUAAUAAUUUGGUGGGAAUAUAAUGAAAACAAAUAGUCAUUAGAAACAAGAUACAUUUUACUUUAUAGAUAUAGUUAGUAGAUUAAGAUAAUUAAAUAGUGAAGGUUAAUAAUGA